CAAAGGCAAAAAAGGCAAAGGUUUAGAGUUUAGGGUAAGGACGUCCCAAGGAUUCCGAAUUGCGCUAACGCUGUGCUCUCUAGCUCUCUCAUCAUCUCUCUGAGGCGCAGGAGCAGUAAAGCACUCCAUCUUUAUCCCAAGCCUAGGGAGAACCAGCCGAGACAUUUGAUGGGUAGGCUUUUUAUUUGUAUUUUUAAAGGGCCAGAAGCAAAUUGGAGGGAGUUGAAAUAUACUAUUUCAGCCACCAUGGACUUUCAAGGAAUCAUUUGAUACUCGAAAAGAUGGAAAAACGUUUUUUUAGGCUAUAAGAUUGGAAUCUCAAAAGCUCCUGUCUUUGCAAAGCAACCUUCUGCUCAGCUAUUCUUUCACUGGCCUGUCUCUGCCUCGUCCCUAGCUGGAGACGUUUCACAUAGGAAAAUACGCUCAACGCUCCCCAGUUACGAUAAAAACUUCGACAUUUCAAUUCGGGAUAUACUUUUUUCGUACAGUGGAAUAUCGUUAAAGGCAUGUGAAUGUUUUGGAGUUUGUGUUAGAUUACACGGGAACCAUGGGAAUCCCUCAAAUAACCUACCCCAGAAGGAACCCCUAGCAUGUCUUCAUGAGCCACUCCUGGUUCCAUCUGUUGCCCCAGUCUCUCUGAAUCGGAUUCAGUGUCUAUGGCUCUGAAUGACCGAGACAAAUAUGGAAAUCUCGUUGGUAUUCAGUAGUAAAACUAUGAAGGGUCUCAAAGGUUAGGAUUCACAGUGAGCUUGCCUCACAUCACACUGACCCCAGCCCAUACUUCAUCCAACUUUGAGAGUGAAAUUGUAGUGCACUGCAAAGUCCUCUUUAUUGGAAGACAAAGAUGCCAUGUACUCUGAAGUCUCUGGUUGAUGUGUGAUAUGCUUUAAGGUGUUGUGUACUAAACCAACUAGAACAAUGAAUGGAGGAAAGGACUGUAAGGGAGGGGUCUCAGAGGGGGUGGGGCAUACAGCCCCUGUCCAGGUCCCUAUUGGCUGGCAUCGCAAGGUGGAUCCAACUAAUGGAGUCCUCUACAUCAGUCCCAGUGGCUCGGUGCUGUCCUGUCUAGACCAGGUGAAGAGCUACCUGCUCACAGACGGGACUUGCAAGUGUGGCCUGGAGUGCCCACUCAUCCUCCCAAAGGUGUUUAACUUUGAUCCGGGAGCUGCCAUUAAACAGAGGACGGCAGAGGACGUGAGGGCUGAUGAAGACGUCACCAAGCUGUGUAUCCAUAAGAGAAAGCUGCUGGCUGUGGCCACUCUACACAAAACUAUGGCGCUGCCACACCCUGCUCUGACUCUUACCAGUCCUGGUGGAGGUACAAGUUCAACAUCAAUGGUCCCGUCACAUUCCACGAAUCCCCGAGCAAUACGGAAUAAAUCUCACCAGUCACUGCUACCCAACUCUGUGGUUCCGAACUGCAAGAACCCUUUCAAAAUGAUGAUGGCGGCUGCAGCAGGUCACCGGCACUUUCCCCAAGAGCUAGGAGAUCCACCCCAGCAGCUAGAGCUUUACCCUGGUUAUCCCAACAGACAGCAGAGACUGAGCAGUGAGCCUGGGCCCAGGUCUUCGUACUGCUCUGGCUAUGGUAGCAUGCUGAGUCCAGGGGGCCACGGCUCCCAGCUCUAUGGGCCCAGGGACGGGUCACCACUCUCCCCUAGCCUCAGGUCUGAUCCUCUGGGGACCCCAGAUGGGUUUAGAAACAACCUAUGUGGCUUCCCUGGAGCCACCAGCUCCAGCCCCAUCCACGGGGCCAACAGAACGCCUCUCUCCCCACCAGGGAUGCUCCUCCACGGUUCUCCGGCUGGGACCCAGACGUCCUGCGCUAUGGCAGGAAGGAAUAGCACACCCCUCUCCCCUACCGCCACUGCCAAAAGCCCAGUCAUGAUGAAGAAGCCUGUGUGUAACUUCCCCAGAUCCCCCAGUAUGGAUAUUUCCAUACGAGCACCGUUUCACCUCAAUACACAGCCCAGCGCCCUACACCCUGGCCCCCCGUCUGCCAUACCUCCCUCCUGCACCCUCCAGAAAAAGCAGAUGACCUCUGAAAAGGACCCGUUAGGCAUCCUAGACCCCAUCCCCAGCAAGCCUAGCAUCAGUAUCAGCCAGACAAACUCCAAAACAAACUCCAACUUCCAACCUAGUGUCCACUCCUCUCAGGUACCAAUGAUGAAUGUAAACAUGAACAACCACCCUCCUCCCGCCAUCGUCCCCUUGCCAAGCAACCUCCCUCUUCCCACUGUCAAACCCAGCCCAGUGGGCCACAGCCACGGAGGUCACAUGCAGAGGACUCAACAUCAGACCUCCAUAACCACCUCCAUGUCCCCCUCCCCCGUCACCUCCCCAGUCCACAUGUCAGGCCCUGUCCUGGGCAGCAGGAUGGAGGCCUCUCCCCAGCGCUCCCGUUCCUCCUCCACCUCCUCGGACCACGGGAGCUUUGCCUUGCCCUCAGGCCCCAGUCAGGGUCCGUGUGGCGGGAUGAAAGUUCCUCCUCGCUCCCCCCGGCCCACCAUGCCCAUUAACAUGCCCUCCAGCCCCUCUGCCAAGCCUGACUCACACCCACUCCACCAGUACAAAGACCUACCCAGUCAGCUGCUGGUUGAGAUGAGUAACCAGAACGCUAUCAACACCCAGCACAACAACCCCGGCAUGUACCCCCCUGCCACCUCCUCUGGCCCCUCCAUCGCUGCUCCUCACCAGGCCCAGAACCAGAAGGGACAGAACCACCCAGGUCUGUUAGGGAUGCCCCUGAACCAGAUCGUGAACCAGCAGAAUGCUGCCUCCUUCCCCGCCAGCAGCCUACUGUCAGCAGCAGCCAAAGCACAGCUAGCAAAUCAAAACAAACAUGGUGACAACAGCAGUGAGACUGGCAGUAGAGGUGGAGGCCCAGGUAGGGUUGAUGGUAAUGGUGGUAGUAGUGGAGUUGGGCAUCCCAGCGGCCCUCUCAGCGGCAUAGAGAGGCCAAGUAGCAGCACUUUAAACCCCAUGCUUCCCCCUAACUCCACCAUGCCCUCCAUUGCGGAAGCAGCAGCAGCAGGGGGCCAGAGCGGUCGGGCUGCCCUCCGGGACAAGCUCAUGGCCCAGCAGAGAGACAGAGGAGACCCCCUGCUCCGUAAGCGCAAGCAGCAGCCGCCAGGCCCACCACCGCCCAACAACCCCCUCAACCACCACGACAGCAUGGUCUUCAACAUGCUCAACAAGCCUCCUAACAUGGGUGGAGGUCCAGGUCCCAGGCUACCACCACCAAGCUCAGCAGAACAGUUGAGGAAAGUGGCCCGGCUUGGGGGCCUACCGACCAACACCUCCAUGGCCCAGCUGCUUCAGUCCAUGAGCAACCACAACAACCACCAUAACCAGCACCAAGGCCCUGUAGGCCCCCCAGGACCUGGUCAGAUGCACUACAGCGAUGUGGCUGGGGUCAUGCCUCCUGGAGCCUCCCAGCAGCAGAACCUACUGGCCCAACAGAGGAUGCUAGGCCAAGGGGAGGGUCAAGGUAUGUACUGCCGGAGUAUGGACUCUGGAGGCCCUCAUUCUCACAGCCCUCGGUUCCCAGGGUUGAUGAACCAGAUCCAGGCCAAUUCGUUGGUGAACUGUGGCCCUCUGGGGCCCGGUGGACAAGUGGGCCUUGGCCCAGGGAACAUGCCCCUGAGCCACCAUCCUAACACUAACCCACCACCACUGUCCCACCCAAGUCAACAUCCACAUCAGCAGCAGCACAGCCACCUUCACGCUGCGCUGGGACGGACUAUUAUGUCAGGAAGGACACUCGGCAACAAUGAUGGGAGUUGUGGUCCAACCAUCUCUGAGCCAGGAGACCCAUCUAACCUAGUGAACUGCAGCAUGGCCAGCCUCCAGCCCCACGUCAUCAACAGCUCCAGCAGUGGUGGUGGUACCCAGGUGUUCCAGCAGCAUCAUGCCCAGCAGCAGCAGCUUCAUCAGGGCAUUCAGCGGGCCAUGCAGGGCCUCCCUCCUGGCUACCAGGGCUCACAGCAACCUGGCUUCCCUGAAAACAACAACUCCUCCAACUCCCACUCUAUGGCCUGCCUGUUCCAGAACUUCCAGGGGUGUUUGCCAGACAACAGCAUUUCAGUCCCUCACUCACAGAUGAUCUCUCAGUCCGGUAUGACAUCACUUCCUGAGUCUCAGGGGAUGCUGUCACACACCCAGUUUGGUGUCAGCCAACGGGGGAUGCAGCAGACACAGGGAGAGGGGCUUCCCCCAGGGAUGCACGGCUCUGAUAGGCUACCCAGCGGAGGGGUGGAGUCUGUAGACGCCAUCUACAGGGCUGUGGUGGAUGCUGCCAGUAAAGGAAUGCAUGUAGUCAUCACCACCACGGUUAGUGGCACUACCCAGUCCAGCCCUGUACCUACUCUCAGCACCAUGACUGCCUUCACUAACUCCGUAGGGGAGCCGGUCAGCAUCAACCACAACCUCCCUCACAGCCAUGCUGCAGUCAGCCAUAGUGGCCAGCGGGUAGCGCACCAGGAGGGGGAGCAGACACCGACCCUGAGCCAACAGCCCAGACCCAGGCAGGUCAGAGCAGGACGGCCCCGGAAGAACUCUGGUCAGGGGAAGAGUACUGUUAGCAUCCCCGAGGGUCAGGGAGCACUUCCAGAGGCCUCCCACCAGGACUACUUCAGAUCCCCAGGCCAUGGCACCCCCAGGGGGCAGUGGGAAGGCGAGACUGGGUACCCUGGAAGUCUGGACAGAGGUCACACGGCAUGGGGUGGUGAGGAGUUCCUAGAGUGCUCCACUCAUGUCCGCAGCAGCCCCUGUAUGGAGAGACCUGGGAGUCUAGCUCCUGCACCCUCCUGUCCAGCCGACAGCGCCCCCCACGAAGGUCACCACCACUCUCUCCCCGUCCCCUCAGACAAGGCCUUCCUGGAGGAUGGAUUCAACCGCUUCAACAACUGCAACCGGACGGCCGUGAACAUCGUUAACUACAAAGAGAGGUUGGAUCAGACUGUGGAGAGAUGCGCCCAUAUGAACGGAGGUGGCGUCGGGCCCCCCCAGGUCCAGUUCUCUCUACGGGGGUACGGUGUGUCUGACCCCCUCGGCCCCCCCAGACAGGGGGACCUAACCGGGGACGACCAGUCUCCCAGCUCCUCCACCAGCCUGGAGGGUCCGUUGGUUAAAGAGUACGUGGGCCACUACAACGGUCACUUCAACGGAGGCUGUGCCCCCAGCCCGUCUGACACCAAGUCCCUGAGCAGCGAGGAGGACCUGAGGCAGCCGGACAGCCCCUCGUCAGAGAUGCUCCACUAUAGACCCAGGACGUUUAACAUGGGGGAUCUGGUCUGGGGACAGGGCUUUAAAGGGUUCCCGUCCUGGCCUGGUAAACUGUCAGGGGAGGAGGCGGGGCACAACCAUCACCACCAUGGCCGCCUGCAGCUCAGAGAGGACAGCAAGGUGGAGCCAGAGAAGCUGAAAACACUAACACAUGACCUAGAGGCCCUCGACAGAGCGACCAAGAGGAACAGAAAAGCUGGGAAGUUGAAUAAUCAUUUAGAAGCUGCUAUACAUGAGGCCAUGAGUGAGCUGGACAAGAUGUCAGGGACUGUUCAUCAGAUCCCUUCCAGAGACAGACAGGUGAAGCCCAAGAGGAGAAAGAUCUCCAGAUAACAUUGAAUGUGUUUGGUCAGCUAAUGACAGUCCAGUAUCUAGCCAGUACCCAGCCUUGGAACAACAGUUCAGACCGCCCCGCCGCGACCUUUGAACUCCAACCAGGUGCUACAAUAUGGAUAGUAGUGGUACAUUAUCGUCCCACGACCUCCCUAGCUGACUGACAUUGAAAGUACUGGAAAAGCCAAACAAAAAUAUUACAGUUUUGAAUUUCAACUGUAAAAAACAACGGUUGUAAUUUGUCUACAGCUAGCUGAAUGAGAAGUAUUUUUUCUAGAAUAACAUAUUUAAAAAACCGAUAAAUAGAAGAAAAAUAGUACAUUUUAAAGAAAAUAGACAGUCCAAAUAUUUCUGAUACAUUUUCAAUAUGUAUAUAGGUAAUACGGAAGAUUUCAUGAAUAUUAAGAAAUGUAUGUAAAUAUUGUACAAUGGUAAUGUACAACAUACUUAAUGCACAUUUGAACUUGUAUUGUACAAAGCAGCAGCAGAAGAAGUGCACCAAUGUCUUGGUUUUUAUUCAAUACAUACACAGUCAUUAUGACUGUAUGCAAGGGACAAAUAAAGACAAGAUACAGCCUAAAGCUUUUAUAUGGUUAUAAUGUAGACAUGCUGUUUAUUGUAUUGAAAAGCAGGGUCUGUAUUCAGAAAGCAUUCGAGGAGUAGGAGUGCUGAUCUAGGAUCAGUUGAACCUUUUUAUAUUAUAAUGAAUACGAUUACAUAUACAGAGAGGGGCCUGCUACUAGAUCAUCACUGGCUCAUCACUACGAUCAGCCCCCCCCCCCCCCCUUGUCCACAUCAUCUUAUUGAUUAGGAUCUAAAAAGGGCUAGACUGAUCCUAGUUCAGCACUCCCAACUCUGAGACGCUUUAUGAAUACAGACCCAGGAGAAACAGGCAUUACUUCAACACCACUAAGUGUUUGUUCAUUUAUGUGUUUUAAAAACAGAGUGACCUUUACCAGCUGAAAGGCAUUCUGUUUCUACGGUACCAUAGAAAAAGGAUGAUUGGAAUGAAGCAUCCUUCUAAUUCCAGGAUCUCAACCUACUAAAACCACAGACUAAGUUGUCAAAUACUAGUCAGCUGUUUUUGCGCAAUUUAAUUUUCUUUUUGAUGUGAUUUAUUUUUCUUUAUCAUUUUCAAAUAGUGUCAUCAUUUUAUCACAGAGCUAUAGCUUUAGAUCGCGUAACCAACCUUGAAAAGCAUAGAUGCAGUAUAUUAUUCUGACGUAAGAGUGGAUUGUGAAAAUAACACUAACUGCCUGAGGUAAAAUGGUGGAAAAGAGUUCAUCCUACAAUUUAGGGGCCUUAUGUGUAGUUUAUUUGUUAUAAAUUAUUUAUGUACAGUAUUUCAUAUUUAUUUUAAGCUUUACAAUAUUCUAGAUGGCAAUAAUACAACCGAGAGUUAAAAACUCAAAGCCUUACGUGUUUCUUUUACACAGGAAUAGCCUAUAUGCUGUAUUCAGUUUAGCCAUUAACCUGACUGUUUUCCAGUUUGAUUUAAAAUGUGUUAUUUUUGGAUCCCUUGCCGUUGUGUACUACUGUGUUUUUCCCUUCUGCUAGCUAUUUCUACUGUAGUGUUUGUUACAGUAGAUCAUGUCGACAUGUCCUGAAGAGGUCAUUGACUGCCUCCUUCCAGAAAGUUAAGGUUGCGUAUCUCCACAGUCUCUGGGGACCAUGCUUAGGUCUGAAAAGGCUUCACUAUAUAUUUAGACAGCCUUCUGUCUUUAAAAAAAAAUCCUGAAUCAACUUUUAAACAACCUAAAUUAUUCAUUCAAAUCAGCGCAGAUAGUACAAUAAUAGUUUAAAGGAUAGAAGAAAUGUUUAAAAUGGAUAAUAUGCAGUAUGUUAUCUUGGUAUGGAAAGAAGUGAUCAUUUGGCCCUUCAGGCCGAGCCCUGUCAGUGCUGUCGUGGAGUUGUUUACAUUGGUGGAGAAAUCACUACUGAAUAGAAUUUCAAUAGAAGUGUGUUAAUUGGAGACUGUCAUCACACAUACAACUGCUUCACUACGUUUUGUGCUGAUGAGAUUUGGAUGCUUUUUAUGGCCCCAUUGAAAACAGACUUGUUAUAUUCACUACAGCGUGUUGUGUGCAAUACAAAUAAGUUACAUCAUAAAUCACUAAAUCAACUUCAGAAUGUCAAUCUUUUAAAAGAAAUAUUUUAAAAACUGUGUAACCGUUCAUGUUACAAACCAUGUCUAGAUGGAUCAACUGUAAUUCACUUCAGACAAAAGUAUUUCACUCUACUUCUAGAAAAGUAUUCAUGCUUUUAAUGAAGCUUAUCACAAAAACUCUUGAGAGCAGUCAAGAGAACACGAACUAUUUCGGGUAAAGUUCAUUCUGCCCUUGUGCAAUGACCUAGAGACCCAGUCAGUCUCAUGUUCAAACCCCAUGUUGUAUAAUGUCUUUUCACUUUUACCUUUCUGUUGCCGGUCAAAUGGUCAGUGCAGCCCAAUUUCUUCACACGUGUGUGUGUAUUUUAUUUUUGGAGCUAUCUGUGUGUGUGUGCUGUUUUUCUUACCCUUGCUUGCUCUUAGAAUCUUUAUUUGUAUGUUAUUAACAUGUUGCUGUUGUCAGUGUUGGUUUUUCCACAUGUAACUAAGUUUUCUCACGUGUGUGUGUGUGUGUGUGUGUGUGUGUAUACUUUACAAAAGUAGACUACUUUGUAAAGUAUGUUGUGCACUUGAUGUCAUUUGUUGCAUUGUGGGUGCUAGGACAAAUAGUGUGAAGUCCCAUAUUUUCUCAUUGUUUGGCGUUUUCUAUUAUUUCAUGUAAGCAGCCUUUUUUUAUUUUGUAAAUAUUGUAAACAUUACAGGUCAUACAGUGAUGUAACAUUUCAACAAUGUUGCACAGAUGUUUAAGAUAUUAAAAACUGGUCACU